AAAUCUCCGAAACACACUCAUAAAACAAAAAAAGUCGACACUCACAAUAUUUCCGUUUUUCUAUAAAACCGUUAGACGAAUUUUACCUUGAGUAGGCGCACAAAUUUAUUGUUGAGAAAAAGAAGAAGAAGAAGACGAAGAAUUACUGGUACACCUGAGAACAGAAAAUGGCAGGUUUAUUGGCAUGGGCAGCAGAUGUAGUAGGAGGUGGGAAAAGCAAUGAGGAAGAUGACAACCCAAAUUCAAUCCCUUUAAUUUUCACUCCACAACAACAAUCUUACUUAAUAGAUUUGGAUCGAAAAGCCACUUCUCUUACUCGUACGAUCCAAGAUCUACGGCUUAGAAUCCCUCCACCUGACAUCUCAGAGCGUCUUCCUCAUCUACACGCUCAUUCCCUCGCCUCUAAUAACGCUCUUGCUCUUCAGCUUAAUGCUCACUCCGCCACCAAAGAACAGGCACAAUUAAGAGAAAUUACUCUGCAAGAAGAAAAUGCCGAGUAUGACAAGGCUAUCUCAGAUUACGAGAAUAAGAUUCAGGUGAAGUCACAGGAAGCUGACCUUCUAAGGAGCAAAUUGCAGGAAAUGGCCUUAGUUGAAGAAAACUUAAGGUCAGAGUUAGAACGAGCACAGGCUGCAGCAGCCAGUGAGUCUGUGCAAUCAAAUGACUAUCUGAUUAAAAAUGAUAGUGAAGCUCAAGAAGAUGAGGAAUCUGCAAAUUCUGCGUUGCUGCGGAAAUUAGAGGAGAAGAAGAAGGAACUGACAUUUAUGGAAGAAGCUGUGCAUGACCUGGAGAAAAAAUGGACUGAAGUCCAAGAUUAUGCACUCAAGCAACCUUGCCCAGCUCAGCGGGAGAAAAUAUUGGAUAAGCAGCUUCAUAGUCUAAUAGAGCAACUUGCCUCAAAGCAGGCUCAAGCAGAGGGCCUUGCUAAUGAAGUUCAUCUAAAGGAGAUGGAAUUAGAGAGAUUAAAUGGUCUUUGGAGGAAGCUUGAAGCAGAUGCAGAUACUAAUGCCACUCGGAAUAGGGGACGUCAAAAGCCUGGUAGACUGGAAAAGUUGCAUAAGCUUAUGUUGCUCAGGUCAGCUUUUGUUGUGUACAUUUUAGUACUCCAUAUUUUAGUAUUCAUUAAGAUUUCAUUCUAGAGUUAACAUGCAUGAUGUAAUUUUAGACGAGAGAUGUUUGAACGUUAACAAUUUUGUUGUCUUCUUGGCUGUAAUGUUGCAUGGUUAACAAUUGCAUUGGCAAGGAAGAAUUUCGUAAA